AAAAUAUAGCUAUUGCGAUAUAAUCGGCACAACUCGUCCACCUCCAAAGGCAGCUGUCACUGUCACUUUUUUAUUUGCCACGAAAUGGUUUUGCUUGAUAAUUCCAACUUCAUCCUGCGACUGGAAAAAAUCGCCAGUGCAGCCAAGAAGGACUCGUCGUUCACGAUAACGUUUAAGCGCUAUGAUGGCCACGACAAGCCCGUGCCCAGAGCUGGAAGACCUCCGUUACCCAAGCCAGACACCUAUUUGUGCCUGAUACGUGCCCAGUCAAAGUCCCAAAAGAUUUCCACCGUCGUGAGACAGGAAGAUGUGCCAACCAUGAUGGGAAUGUACUCGCAGUUCAUGAAGAGCAAAAUGGAUGGCCUGAAGCGAGUGAAGAAAGUUAAAAGCAAGGCCAAGGCAGCGAAGGGAUAAGUUAUGAGGGGCAGUGUUUUUUUUUGGUUUAGAUAGAUUUUAGGCAUUGAGUCGAAACUCAAUGUGGUCAUUCGUUUUAAAUGCAUAAUUUUCUAAAAUAA